CAUGGCUGUGGGGCUGGCGACUGGUGCUUAGCACCCCUGACCACCUGCCUGCGGAGCGGCCAGAGCCCCUGGCUGGGACCCUGAGCCCCCGGCUGGCCUCACGUGCAUGGAAUGGUGCUGUGCCCGGUGCCAGCAGGCUGGGCUCACCAUGGUGCCAGGCGCCAUCCUGGCACGAGGGAGGGACCUGUGCAAACGGAACGGACUGCUCAUCCUAUCUGUCCUAUCUGUCACCGUGGGCUGCCUUCUCGGCUUCUUCCUGAGGACUCGUCGCCUCUCACCACAGGAAAUUAGCUACUUCCAGUUUCCUGGAGAGCUCCUGAUGAGGAUGCUGAAGAUGCUGAUCCUACCGCUGGUGGUCUCCAGCUUGAUGUCUGGCCUCGCCUCCCUGGAUCCUAAGACGUCCAGCCGCCUGGGCAUCCUCACCAUAGCAUACUACCUGUGGACCACCUUCGUGGCAGUCAUCGUGGGCAUCCUCAUGGUCUCUAUCAUCCACCCGGGUGGCGCAGCCCAGAAGGAGAUGACAGAGCAGAGCGGGAAGCCCAUCAUGAGCUCGGCGGACGCCCUGCUGGACCUCAUCCGGAACAUGUUCCCAGCCAACCUGGUGGAAGCCACUUUCAAACAGUACCGCACCAAGACCACCCCAGUCAUCAAAUCCCCCAAGAUGGCGUCAGAGGAGUCCCCUCCUCAGCAGAUCCUCAUCUACGGGAUCCAGGAAGAGAACAGCUCUCGUGUUCAGAACUUCGCCCUGGACCUGACCCCACCGCCUGAGGUUGUUUACAAGUCAGAGCCUGACACCACUGAGGGCAUGAACGUGCUGGGGAUCGUCAUCUUCUCUGCCACCAUGGGCAUCAUGCUGGGCCGCAUGGGGGACAGUGGAACCCCACUAGUCAGCUUCUGCCAGUGCCUCAAUGAGUCCGUCAUGAAGAUUGUGGCGGUGGCUGUGUGGUAUUUCCCCUUCGGCAUCGUGUUCCUCAUCGCCGGCAAGAUCCUGGAGAUGGAUGACCCCACGGCUGUCAGGAAGAAGCUGGGUUUCUACGCGAUCACUGUGGUGUGUGGGCUGGUGGUCCAUGGCCUCUUCAUCCUGCCCCUGCUCUACUUCUUCAUCACCAAAAAGAACCCCAUUGUCUUUAUCCGAGGCAUCCUCCAGGCCCUGCUCAUUGCGCUGGCCACCUCCUCCAGCUCAGCCACACUACCCAUCACCUUCAAGUGCCUGCUGGAAAACAACCACAUUGACCGGCGGAUUGCCCGCUUCGUGCUGCCCGUGGGUGCUACCAUCAACAUGGACGGCACGGCACUCUAUGAGGCCGUGGCCGCCAUCUUCAUUGCCCAGGUCAACAACUAUGAGCUGGACUUGGGCCAGAUCAUCACCAUCAGCAUCACGGCCACAGCGGCCAGCAUUGGGGCAGCUGGCAUCCCCCAGGCUGGGCUCAUCACCAUGGUCAUCGUGCUCACCUCUGUGGGACUUCCCACUGACGACAUCACCCUCAUCAUUGCUGUCGACUGGGCUCUGGACCGUUUCCGUACCAUGAUCAACGUGCUGGGUGAUGCGCUGGCGGCGGGGAUCAUGGCCCACAUCUGCCGGAAGGACUUUGCUCAGGACGCAGGCACGGAGAAACUGCCACCCUGUGAGACCAAGCCAGUGAGCCUCCAGGAGAUCAUGGCAACCCAGCAGAAUGGCUGUGUGAAGAAGGUGGCUGAGGCCUCGGAGCUGACCCUGGGCCCUGCCUGUCCCCACCACAUCCCUGUCCAGGUGGAGCAGGAAGAGGAACCAGCCUCCACCUCUCUGGACCACUGCACCAUUGAGAUCAGUGAACUUGAGACCAAUGUGUAGCUUGCAGAGCCUCGGGGACCGGGGAGGCCUCCAGGGCUAGGGGCCAAGGUCAGGGCCUCAACUCACUACCUUUCUGAGCACUUGCCACGAGCCAGGCUCACACACUCCUCCCGCUCUUGAGAGGCCAAAAUCAGCCCCACGUGCCAGACUGUGGAGACUCAGGAAGGGAAACACUGUAUGUGGAAGCCCUAGCCAGGGACUGAUGGCCUGGCACAGCCUGGUCCCCGGCUGUGACAUUUCUGUGUUGACCUUUGAGGGUGGCGAGCAGGGGCUAUAUGGUCCCAGUUUUUGGAUCACAGAGUUGAGGCUCUGUCAGCUGAAAACAGCUGCCCCGGGUCUCAGAGCAGGUCACGUCAGGGCCAGGACUCUAACUCACGUCCUCCGUGCCCUGACCCCUCUCUCCUGGGGACAGGGGCCUGCAGGGCCAGAUGCCAAGGGUCUCCGCCCCCCCUGCAGGAGCUCUGCUGCCACCACUGCCUUCGGUUUAUAAAGACACAACAGUGUUCUGGUUCUGCCCCAGCUGAGUCCCUGUCCAGGCUGGUCCCCCUCCCUGGCCCAUACCAUGUGGCCUCAGACAAACAGCUCUCCCUGGGCCGAGGCCUGCUGCCUGCCGCGCGCCACAGCCUGUCCCAUGUCCCAUCAGUCUCACCAGCCAUCUCUCACAAAGCCUGGCCCAUGUGGAGACAGGAUGGUGUCAGAGGAGCUGAGGGGCCCUUGGAAACACCUGGGCCAGCCUCCUGCAGGACAGAUGGACCAGCCAGGACCAGGGAGGCAGGCUUGCCUGGGAUGCUUUAGUCAGGCUGCCCUGGAGCCCUGGGGUCAGCACUGUCCAUGAGCCUGUGUGAUGAAGCCAUGUUAGAUUUUCUACUCCCUCCCGUGAUUGCAAAUUCAGUGAUAACUAAAUAAAGGUUAUUUUGUUUUUCA